GCUGAAGAUGAUUGUGUCUAAGUCACUAACCUGACAAACACUACAGCGAUGUCCUGCAGCUGAGAUGCCUGACUUCCAACAACCAGCACCAUCUUCCUACGUGCUAGGAUAUGUCACAGGACACGAGCAAUCCUGCUGUUUUGCUAUGAUCUCCAACCUUUCUGGAUUUGAAUACUGAGUCAGCUGUGUCAAUACACACAUUAUCAGAACAUUGGGAAGCUGCAUGCAGUUUCACCAGCUCCCGAAACAUCUCAGAGCAACCUUUUCAGAGAAUAGUCUUUGAAAUUGCUACAGAAAAGCUCAAAUUUGGAAAUUAAGCCAAAUCAAGUCAUUCCUAUCUGUGUAACAACAGUUCAAGUACAGCAAUACAUUCUCCAGUAUCCUGAAUCUGAUUCCUCCAGGAUUCAUAAACCUAAGGAUCCAUCAGCUCCACUAUUCUGUGAUAUCUCCUGUCACAAUCCAGGCAGUUGUAGAAUUCCAGCUUCCUGUAGUUCAGUCCCAUUGUCCUUCAGCAUCAGGGCACCUAGUAUCUAGGGACCACAAGCUCCCAGCUCCUGUUGGUACUUGCUAUUGAGGAAGGUUUUGGUGCCUCCAGCAAGAUGACAGUGGCCCAUGGAGACAAUGUUGAUGAAUUGGCUGCACUCCCUGUUCAGCCUCAGGAUCUGUAUGAGCCAGAACAGGACCACGAGUGUUGUGAGAGAGUGGUGAUCAACAUCUCGGGUCUUCGCUUUGAGACUCAGCUCAGGACCUUGGCUCAGUUCCCUGACACCCUGCUUGGAGAUCCAAAGAAGAGGAUGGGCUACUUCGACCCUCUGAGGAAUGAAUAUUUUUUCGAUAGGAACCGUCCAAGUUUUGAUGCCAUCCUGUAUUACUACCAAUCUGGGGGGAGGCUGCGUCGACCUGUCAAUGUACCCCUGGAUAUCUUCUCCGAGGAGAUACGUUUUUAUGAGCUGGGGGAAGAGGCAAUGGAGAUGUUCAGAGAGGAUGAGGGUUUUAUUAAGGAGGAAGAGCGGCCUUUACCCACGAAUGAGUUCCAGCGCCAGAUCUGGCUGCUAUUUGAAUACCCUGAGAGUUCAGGCCCAGCUCGUGUUAUCGCCAUCGUCUCUGUCAUGGUCAUUCUCAUCUCGAUUGUCAGCUUCUGUCUUGAAACUCUGCCUGCCUUUCGAGAUGACAAAGAGAAUGCAGUUGGAGGGAGACCACUAUAUAACAAUGACACAGUGCCCUUUCACACCCCAACAUUUGCUGACCCCUUCUUCAUCGUUGAGACUCUCUGCAUCAUCUGGUUUUCCUUCGAGUUUCUAGUCAGGUUGUUUGCUUCCCCCAGCAAACCCAGCUUCUUUCGAAACAUCAUGAACAUUAUCGAUAUCGUGGCCAUCACCCCCUAUUUCAUCACCCUGGGCACCGAGCUGGCAGAGCAGCAGCAACAGGCAGGCAAUGGGCAGCAGCAAGGGCAACAGGCCAUGUCUCUGGCCAUCCUGAGGGUCAUCCGCUUGGUCAGGGUCUUUCGGAUCUUCAAGCUGUCCAGACACUCCAAAGGGCUACAAAUCCUCGGGCAGACCCUAAAGGCCAGUAUGAGGGAACUGGGUCUCCUCAUCUUCUUCCUCUUCAUCGGAGUCAUCCUCUUCUCCAGCGCUGUCUACUUUGCUGAGGCGGAUGAAGCAGCUUCAUACUUUGACAGCAUCCCCGAUGCCUUCUGGUGGGCCGUGGUCUCCAUGACAACAGUCGGGUAUGGAGACAUGUACCCCAUUACCAUAGGUGGCAAGAUGGUUGGCUCCCUGUGUGCCAUCGCUGGAGUGUUGACCAUCGCCCUCCCUGUGCCCGUCAUUGUCUCCAACUUUAACUACUUCUAUCACCGAGAAACAGAGAACGAGGAGCAGGCCCAAUACCUACAUGUGAAGAGCUGCCCAAACAUUCCAUCCACUACUGACCUGAAGAAGAGUAACAGCACUUCUAGUAUAUGCAAGUCAGAGUACACAGAGACACAGGAGGGUGUUGGUGGUGUUCGGGAGCCCCCGGAACAUAACCUUCACACUGACAAUUGUACUUUACCAAACCCCAACUACGUGAACAUCACCAAAUUGCGGAGUGAUGUGUGAGUGUCUCCUGGUUCCACACUAAGGACACAGCUCUCAAUGCUGUCUUGUCUGCUUGAUGUCUCUGUAGCUUUUAGUGUUCUAUAUCAGAGCAUAAAAUAUUCACACAGUAACUGUGUCCAAUUGAACCAUCCCAAUACAUUCCAAUCACACCUCAGUGCUGCGUUUAAUCACUCACAUAAGGUGCUGCCAACUUUAGAGUAAACCAAAUGAAACAGGAGAGUCCUGUUCCUGC